AUGGGCUCCCUGAUGCUUCUCUUCCUGGAAACGACGUGAAAUUCCUCAGCCUGCAUCUUCCCUGUCUUCCUCAAUGAAUUAUCAUCAACUGUGGAAACUAUAACUCAUUUUCCAGAAGUUAAAGAUGGGGAGUGCGUCUUUCCAUUCCACUAUAAAAAUGGAACAUACUAUGACUGCAUCAAGUCCAAGGCAAGACACAAGUGGUGCUCGUUGAACAAGACCUACGAAGGAUACUGGAAGUUUUGCAGUGCAGAAGAUUUUGCAAGCUGUGUGUUUCCCUUCUGGUACAGACGCUUGAUCUACUGGGAGUGUACGGAUCAUGGGGAUGCAUUUGGGAAAAAAUGGUGUUCACUGACCAAGAAUUUUAACAAGGACCGAAUUUGGAAAUACUGUGAAUGA